GUUUAGUUCAACUCAAGUUAAUAUAUCUAUUUUUAUUUUCUUUAUUUGAUUUUUCAAUUUGAGAACAUAGUGACUGGUGAAGAUGAAGUUUCUAAAUUUCGGCUUCCUGAACCUCGUGAUUACAAUGCUGAAAUUUUAAAAUUGGAGCCUAAAGGAUCAAGUCAUGAUCUAGACAUGUUGACUAAUGAGGUUAUAGAAUUGAGAAAAGUACUUGUAAAUGCAAAUGAAAACCACAAAGCACUCAAAGAGAAAAUAGAUUUAGGAUUUACCAUCUUUUCCAAGGACUAUACUUCCUCCCCACGGUGCUUGGAAGAACUCACUAAGAUCAUGGAGUGCGUUGACAACAAGGGACAGGAAUUCUUCUUUGUCUUCCAUAAAGUUAAGCCAUCAGAUGGCUUAAGUCCCAUAGGGACUUUUGAGGCAGAUAUCAAGGGUUUUGAUUUGGAGAAGGUGCAGAGGUGGAAGGACGCUCUCCGUAUAGCAGAUGACAUGGCAGGAUCAAGAGAUUAUUUUGUUGGAGUUGGAUUUUCCCAUUGGUGAGUAUAGCUCAAUAGAACAGUUGAGUUUGAUUCAAUUUGCGAGACAUGUUCAUCUUGACACCCUCUCUUUUUUUAUCCGUAAAAUAAAGGAGACCUUUAGGUAAAAAAAACCUUGUAGAUGAACUCCCUAACAGGUGAUGGAUUUCAACAUAGAGAACUGUGAAGCUGCUACAAUUUUGACUUAAGUUUUCCCAACUUAGAUCUAAGGAUUAGGUCAUCUGAUGCCUGUACAAUUUGUAUGUCAUUUAAAUACGGCCUCUUUUGAUCACUAGGUCUACUGUAAGUUGAAAACUGUGACAGAAUAAUUUCUCUCGGCUAUUGAUACUUCAUAAAGUU